AUGCUUGAGGCCAUUUGUUUCGAUUCAAACAACAUUAUAUCCUACUUGAUUAUCCUAUUCGCUCAGUGUUUAUCCACUGAGGGUACCUGCAACCACAUGCCUUUCUAUGAAUAUUCCACCGUCUAUUCUGCAGUGCCCAACACAGACAGGAAUGACAAACGCAUAUGGAUUGACGAUGAAUCGAAGGCAUCGGAAAUGGUAUACUGGCGUGUGAAACGUGACUCCAAGGUGGAAUACGUGAAGAUACACAAUGUUCAGACAAACACGGUCCAGCUGGAAUGCAUGCUAGAACCUCCACCACAGGCAUUCUGCUGCUUGGACAACAUUCAUGAGAACGAGAUCGCCAUGCUGGCGGAAUGCAGUCAGAAAGUGUUCAAAAGUAUGAUCACCGAAAAUGACUAUAGGUUGGCGUAUGUGAACAGUGGAGGGAUAAGUUGGAAACACUUGGUUGUGACAAUAUACCUGAGAACACCACAAGGUAUGAGGCGAUAUUUUUUCGGAUGGCCUCAUUAUAUGAAGAGAUUAGUCUGCUCAGAAAUCGCUUCCAUGGGAAACUUCGUCAGUCCUCGUCGGUUAGAAUGGUUCUUCAGUGGAAGCGAACAACACAAGUUGACCUAUGCACAGUUUUACGCAGCCCAAGGAAGAGUACUCGCUGGUGAGACUAUCAUGCUCUCGAUCACUGCUUUUCUCAGACCUGGAGAUAGCCUACACGCUUAUGUGGUUAGUUUUAACGAAGACCAUGGUUCAUUCUCACUGACUGCUUUGCAAGGGAUUGCAGAACGCCCUGUCCAAUCUGAUGUCUACCAGUUUACGGAAAGUGUUCAACUUAUGCCCGAUUACACAACUAUGGUCCGACAAAAACAGUUCGGCCACAAGCUUCGACUUGAAGAUCGAGCCGUACUAGUACUGGCUGGUCGUGUCGGAUCUCGAGAAGAGAAAAUUCUCUAUGACUUAUUCCACAAUUGGAUAGUCAAGAGAAAACCGGUAGAAUUUGUGUGGUCCGAAUUUCAUUCUCCUGGAAUUAGAAUUCUUCCAGUGAUGACUGCCGAAUAUUCGGUCGCCACACCGGGAAGAACAAUAAAAAUUAGUGUUUCGGUAGAACAGCUGGAUAAUAUAAUUUGUUCUCGGUAUGAUAAGAAAUCAGGCACAUACGUGGUUACAAAACGUCUCACUGCAUCGUCGGAAAUUUUUCGAAUAUCUAUGCCUUCUGUUAUUCCCUCAGACACUGGCAUCUAUCAGUGCGGCCUUGGAGAAUCUAUUGGAUCUUCAGCUAGCGUAUGGGAGGAAUUUGAAGAGGUUAGUUAUGACGAAGACAAGGUAACAGAUGCAGGUGGGAAACAAUCGCCAAAAGUUCUUGACCAUCAGAUUGUGAUUGUCUUACCAGAGCAGAGGCAAUUAAGUAUCGGUGUGGAAUGGCGGAUCGCAGUUCCAGAGGAUAACUGGGCACCAGAUGAAGAGGAUCCAGUUCAUGAACGGGAUAUUUUUGUGUUCACAGAAAAAAAUCCUCCAUUCAUUGUGUGUGCCGUCACCCUAUCCGCGUAUUACGACAACUUUGAGGGUCUGACGGCGACUGACAGAGUGGUAAAUCUUCCAGUUGCAAGCAAGCUGACCAUGGUUGACUCUCAAAUACAACAGUUACCAGAUGAUAAAGCUCGCAUUGUCAGAGCGUACACCAUCGAUUCGCACAUCUUCGGGGAUUCGCCCAAUCUACAUCGAGCCAGUUGUGUAUACCAAUACACGCCAUCCAUUGGACUUGCUCGGACAGAUUAUUUCACUGACCCUGAUAAGCGCACACUAACAGCAAAUCUGUCGUUCUAUUAUGUUCGCGCGUUUGAACCGGACAUUUUCGGUAUGACCAUCAAUACAUCUAGCCCUGGGGUGACUUCGGCCUUGCGCCAGUUCAAGUUGAUGCUCAAUAGGACCUACAACACGCUUGACUUCCCAAGUGUUUCAACACGUAUUUCAGGAGAACUGAGUGGCGCAUUUCAAGCAGUUGGUCGUGAUUCUGUUGACAAGAUAUUCAUAUGGACAGCUUCAGGCAUAGGGUCGGAUCUGGUGGAACUAUGUAAGUGGACUAAAACAAAACUGACGUCAGAUGUUCCAAAAACUCAACUGUCAAACGUGACUACGCACGGUGAAUAUAUGAAUUUAUGGCAUUACCAAUUCGUCUGCCAAAUACGUGAGACAGCCGGAUGUGUGGUGCUUAGUGCUAUCGACACGGAUAGAAAGGUCAUGGGUUCGGAACUUAUAAAGAUAGCAGAAGUUUUACGUCCUGUUCUUUGUAAUUUGACUGGCAAUACUCAGUUGAUGGAGCUUCCACGGUUGAAUCUACCCACACAGAUCCAUCGACUCGUUGUUCUCAAUUCGGAGGUCACGAAACGUCCAGAAGUUGAUGGGGUUAGGCCAGUAUUGGAUAGCAGUUGGAUUACAGCGGACGAACCUAGGCUGUUGGACAGGUUCAUUCAUUCCGGUCAGCGAACAUGGCGUGCGGUGGAUUUCCAUAGGUCAGGAUCUGUGACCCGAUUGCUAGAGGAUACCUACGGAUUUGAUUUGCAUGCUCAAGUGGAGUCUUCAAACGCAUCCUUCAAAAUCUGGGCUGCUUACAAAUCCAAAGAAGGUAUUUCUGUCUGGGAAUGUGAUGCGUCGCCAACAGAAGUGAUGGUGACCAAUUCUAGUUCAAGCCACCCGUUCCUACUCAACACAUCGUUUAGCUGUGCACUCCAAGCGGAAUAUCAAGCAUUGAUUUUUCUUGCAAUCAAUGAGCAUGUUCCUAAAAUAGAGAGGAAGGUGGAAAUGGUUUUGAUAAAUGAAUUGUCGAGAAUGAUUUCCUAUUGGUUAGCGAACCCUAAUAGUACAGUCGCCAUUGGUGUAGAGGAGUACAUCCCUGUGCAUUUCACCUAUCUCAUACAAAAACUGAACUUGGGCUGGCAUGGUAUCGUACCUGAGAGUACUGAAUGGUCUAUACUUUUGUCUGGGACCAGAAACUUGGAAGAAACAUGGCUUCGGUGUUGGCAUUUUCAGUUAAAUAUGUCUGUGAUGACCACACAAACGUUUGAUUGUGGACAAGCAGUAGCAAGUUUAAAUUCCACUUCGGCUAAGCCUGGAGAUUCUGGUGUGUAUAAGUGUAUUAGGGGGCAGUGUGGUCCAACCAAUACAACAACAGUUGCACUGGAAUCGCGACUUCUACUGGUAUACCCUACUGUUGAACGAGUGUACACCUACUUCGCAUACGUUAAUAAGACGUUAGAUGAACUUGUCAGUGGUGCUGAGCAAAAAGAACGCCCCAGAUUGGCAGGGAGACAACCAGGCUUUAUAUAUUGCAUGCAUGCUUCACCCAAGGGAUACAUACCUCUGAACAGAGUUAACUUGCGUCUGAUGGCCAAAUGUGAUGGGAAACUGGAAAGUGAUGAACUACUGCCAUUCCACCGGGUAUCUUAUAAAUCAUACCAGAAAGAACAUGGACUUUUUGAUUUGGCGCAAUAUGAUAUCACGCAACAUCGAUUUAAGAACGGAUGUAACUUGGUAAUUGCAAGAUGUUUUCUACAGUUUCGUGAUGAGCUGGUUACGGAGUACAACAUGAACGGUAUCCCAGCAGAGACAAUGUCAUCAUCGUUAUUGGUAGAAGUGGACAAUUUUUCGAAUCCUGUGAUUUUUCGUGAAUGGAUAAACACGGAAGAUUCGAACUUGAGGCGAGCGAUCAGUAUGGCCACAUUGGAUCCUCUGUCCUAUCUCCAGAUUCAGGAUGCUGUAGAGUUCCAUUUUCACGAAGCUAAGCAGCAUACUCUGGACUUUUACGUGUCUCCUCGUAACACUGCUCUGGCUGUUCAUCUUUAUUUUAACGAUGGCGACUCGCUGCUUUUAACCACAUGUGUUUCAGUCUCUCGGCAGAUGGUAACUCGGGAGUCUGCUCCGCAGGAUAUGAUAGGCCAUUACGAAAAGCUACAGGAGGCGAUUGACAAACAGCUGUUGUUGGUACGAUUCAAAUGUCAUAUCAAACCAGAACAUGUUGGACUGAGUAUCAUUAUUCACACGGACGCAAAACAUAUGGGAGAGGUUGAAGAGACAAUCCACCAUUUGGUUCAGUAUCGGGACAGGCAUACUGCCAAGAUGAUUCAUGGAUGGGGCUCGCGGCAUUUGUACUUGAAUCUUGUGUAUCAAGUGCCGAAGCCGCCACCGAAUCCAAAAGAACGCAUACCGCUAUCUGCCUCGGUUUUGUUCAAUGAUGACCCAGAAGUUCCCGAAGUUCCCAUGACAGAUGAGGAAGUAAACUGUGGCUGA